UUCCGCUGUUUGCAGCUUCCGCAAAAUGAUAAUUUAAUCUUAGAAGAAAGAAAAAGCGCAAAGAACAGCGAACUCGAGCAGAGCCUUGUCUUGCCAGAGAGCUCCUCAAUUCAUUGCACCUGCCGCCGGCUUCAGAGACACGAUGGUCCCCGGCGGGCUCGCCGACGCCUCGCAGUCGACCCCCGAAAAGUGUUAAGAUGCAGCUGCAGUCUGGUGCUUUCUCUGUCUUGCUCAUCGUUGUGAAUUAUACCUGGACCAGGGUUUCUGCUACACCACCCAUCAAUCCCAAAUGCAAAGUGGUCCAGAAGACUGCACAAUAUAGUGGUUGUGAGCUGAGGUCUGUACCAUCAGAGCUACCAGAAGAAAUUGAGGAACUUUUUCUUAACAACAAUCUUAUUGAGUUAAUGACAUGUGUGUUUUCUAAAACUUCUCAACUGCACACUCUUAAUCUUGGAAACAACCUCCUUUAUACACACUACAAGAAGACCGCUCAGGCAUUGAGUGCUCUGACAUCUUUAAGAAACCUAGAUGUUUCUGGGAAUGUGUUGACUGAAGACAUGGCAGCACUGUUUGUCCAGAAUCUCACUAACUUGGAGGUCCUGUCUCUCUCCCACAAUAUUCUCAUGAGGCUUGAUGAAUCAAUCUUCAGCAAGCUGCACAGCCUACGUGAAUUGAACUUAGAGAGGAAUCUUCUAUAUGAGAUUGAAGAAGAUGCUUUUCGUGGCUUGGCCAAACUCCAAGUACUCAACAUAGCUUUUAAUCAGCUUCCGUGCAUUGUAGACUUUCAUCUCACCUCAGUGGUUCAUCUUAAUUUGAGUCAUAAUGUCAUUGAAUGGUUUCUUUCAUCCCAAAAUCAAGAAGAGGCUUUCCAACUGGAAACAUUGGAUUUAUCAGUCAACCGACUCCUUUUCUUCCCACUAUUGCCAUAUCAUAGCCACAUUAAGAAUUUGCUGUUAUCUGGAAACCAAGUGGCAUUUCAUGAAACUACAGGAAAUGGCAGCUCUUCCAAAUCCUCCAGCAUGCUGCAGUUUGUCUUUUUGAAUGGGACUGUUAUUAAUAUUUCUUCCACGUAUCUGUGGGAGGAGACUCUUCAAAGAGACAUCUCGUCUUUGAACAUUCUAGACAUGACCUACAAUUGCUUGACUCAUCUGCCAAAGGGUUUCAUAAAGAAAAUGACAGCCUUGACAGGGCUACUUUUAGGACAUAACACUUUAGAAUCACUGGACUUCAUGCCUUCAGAAAUCCCAGUUUCACUUCAGGAUUUAGAUUUGAGUGACAAUGAACUUUCAAAUCUUAAGCAAAGUUUUCCUGAUUUGCCUCCCCAUCUUCAGGUUUUCAACCUGAGUUUGAAUGGGCUACAACAUUUCCCUCGCCAGAUAUUUUCAGGAUUGUCCAAAAUCAAAUUAGUGGACUUGAGUUUCAACCAUCUUGGAAUCUGCUCUUUCCAUGAUAAGAACUCCACCAACUGUGUGGCAUGGAAUGACAUUAACUCUCUUCAGUUUCUUUAUCUAAGAGGCUGCGAUCUUAAAGAGAUUCCCACAAAUUCAUUUUCUGGGUCUCCUAUUGCCCAUCUCGAACUCUCAGAUAAUCAAGGGAUCCUCCUGCCAAAGUCCUCUUUACAAGGGCUUACUCGGACUCUAGUCUAUUUAGGCCUCAGGAACACUAGUUUUACAGAUGUUGAUUUCUCUAUGUUCCAAAAACUGAAAUUUCUGGAUAUUUCAGCAAAUUGGUUGACCAAAAUCCCCAACUCUGCCUUGCGGCUUGACCUAAGCCAGCUGAAUUUGAGAGACAACAAGUUAACAGCCAUCGAUUUGACACAGACCAAGGGGUUGAGCAGGAAAGUGAAUGCUAUUUUGCUUGGGGGAAAUCCAUUCAACUGCUGUAGUCUAGACUGGUGGCACUUCCUCCAAAGACAAAAUUCAACAUGCAUUUUAGAUAGGACUGAUGUAAAGUGCAUUCAUUCAACGCUGAACCAAGGAGACAUUCACAUGGAUUUGUUCCUCAGUAGUCUCUGCAACAAAAGGGAUGGAGAAUCUAUCUGGUUAUAUGUCCUGCUGUUCUUGCCCAUUUGUCUUACCUUUGUCUGUGCCGGUGUGGUGUUUAUUCUGUCAUUUAAUCCAAGGCUGUUACCUCGGUUUAUUAAGAGAAGAUGCAGGAGUUCUGUACCUUACUAGCGUUAAAUUAUUUUAGGUAUACAAAUUGCAAUUGCAAACAGAAUAUUUCAGAAUUGGAUGGAUGACAAAAUACACACAUAUAACAUCCCAGCAUCUUAAAAUUAUUUAUUGAUAAUGUGACUAAAAAGUUGUCCAGGAUUUUGACAAUCCGGAAGGCUAAUCUUUGAUGUAGUUUGUAUUGACCAAUGACAGUAGUGAUGUGUGAGUUUUCUGAUUGGCUAUUGUUGUACAAAUCUUUACAAGCAGCCAGUGUUUAGGCACCUGGGUGAUGUGUAGUAUGUGAGAAAGAAGAAUGUGAAGCCAAAAGAAAAUAAGUGGACUUUCAGCCAUUGUAUGCCCAAACUCUCAAGUGUCCUGUAUAAUUCUGGAUAUACUGUAAGGAUACCCUAAAUAACACAAUUUCGAAAUUAGAUUUUUUUCUGUCACGAGGUAUAGCAACCUUAAUUGGAUUUCACUAAGUUUUUUAUCUUUCUGUCUUCCAACAAGAAAUGCGAUAUAUCUGCGAAUAUGGAAUAGAAAAUAUUUUCUGCAUUUUGUAUAUUUUUACCGCUGUUUCAGUGUA